AUGACAAAACAAGCUGAUUGGAAAUCAGAUUACCAACUUUUUUUGGCUGAAAAAAUUGAUUCGCAAGAUAAUCGUCCAUUCUUUGUUCUUAUCAAUAUCGAUUUGGAUGAUGAAUUGAAAUGGGUAAUGGUUCAAGUUAAACCAUCCUCAUGUUGUAUUAAAGACAAAUUGUUUUCAUCUUCGGCUAAAAUUGAAUUGAAAAAAUCAUUUGGCCCAUCAUUGGAUCUAUUUGUAGAUGAUUAUGAUGAUCUUAGUGUUGAAAAGAUCGAAGAAGCUAUUAAGACAGGUUUGCAAGAAAAGAAAGAAAUUGCUGAAGAAAAGCAACAAAAACAAAACGAAACUUUUUUGCCGAACGUUAAAUUUAGCUAUCUUCAACCGAAAGCUAAAAUGAAUUUGGAAUUAGCUGAAGUCAGUGAAACUGAAUUGGCUAAAUUUAAAAAUGGUAACGAUUAUGGCAUACGAUUUAUUAUUGCAGGUAAAUCGAAAAUUGUAUUUGAUGGUAAAUUGACAUUGGAUGAGCAUGUAUCAUUGGCUCAACGUUGGAAUGUUAACCAGACGGAACAACUUGAAAAAAUAAUUUUUCCUGAAAAUACUGGUGCUGGUUAUAUUUUGUUGCGUUUUAAUUAUGAAAUGGAUGAUAAUUUGUUGGAACGUUUCAUAUUGAUUAAUUAUAUGCCAACAAACAAUACAUUAUUGGCUAAAGAACGUUUCUCGUAUUCAGCUAAUUUGAAAUCGAUGGUUGACAUGAUCAAUAGUAAAUUGGAUACAGAGAUCAACUAUUUGGAAACAGAUAAUUUCAAAGAAAUUACUGUUAAACGUAUUUUUGAUUUGUUGUAUCCAUCAUUGUAUUUGGAUAUGUCCGGACAGAAGCCACCACGAAAUGAAUGAAAUGAUCGCAUUUCUGAAAUUUCGACCCACCACAAAUUGGUUAUGGUGAAUAGUGGUCUUGGUCCGA